UUCAUUAACACAAUCAACAUAAUUUACAGAUAAACCUUAAGAAGUCUGGGGUGAGAUGCACUAAUGCAGGUGCAUUAUAUGUUAUUAGCAGAUGUGUUAUUAAUAAAUACAUCCUUAUUCUUUGCAGACAUGAUAUGGCCCAGACACGUCUAAAGGAGAUCAUAGACCGAGACAAACCACCUUCCAAAAAGACAAAAUGAAGAGGAUUCUGGGCAGAUUAGGACAGGGACACAUAAGAAUGACAGGAUGUAAGUGUGUGAGGAUCACAUCAGAAGUCUGGAUCCUCUGAAGGGCCCUUCUGUGUCUCAUGAGCAGCUAUUUAUAGAAGACCUGUGACCUAAAUAACCUAGUAUGCAGUCAAAGCAAUGCCCCCCUACGCAACAACAACACUUACAAGAUUAAAGUGUGAUGGAUUUGGACACAUCUGUAAGGGGUUUGGACGAGGAUGUGGCAACUCAGCUGAUGAUCGAACAGAGUCUCCGCAAACCAGCGGAGGUCACGAGCCCUUUCUCCGGUGAAUCCCGCAGAAUCAUUAAAAUCACCCCUGAGAGAGAGAAGAUAUUCAAUGCAAUAAAGCAUGGUGAUGAAAAGUCCCUUCGUAAGCUGACUGUCCAUCAGCAAGCUUUCUCUGAAGAGGACGACACAGGCUACAUCCCCUUACACGAGGCCGCCAUACAGAACAACCAGAACAUCCUCGAGAUCACAUUUACCGCCUCUCCUGAGGAUGCCAAGCACAGAAAGACUCGUCGGGGUAAGACGGCUCUCUUCUUAGCGGUGGAGAAAGGUCUUUUGGACAACGCUUGUUUCCUGUUGGACCACGGCAGCAGUCCGGACUCCCUGGAUAAAGAGGAAGACUCGCCUCUCGUUGUAGCCAUAAGGAAUAACCACUACGACAUGACGAAGCUCCUGCUAAACUUCAGUGCCAGAGUUAACCAGGAGGGAGCGAACCGCAGGACGGCCCUGCAUGAAGCUGCUCGGCUCGGCCUGAUGGAUUUCGUGGAUCUGCUGUUGAAGUACGGAGCUCAUCCCGACCCCAGAAGCUCCCACGGCCUGACGCCGUUAGCAUUAGCUGCACAGGCCGGACACCUGGAGAUCACCCGAACACUUCUCCAGAGAGGUGCUGAUGUUGAGUCUCAGGCUCAGGUUUGUGCAACGAUACUGUUUGAGGCGUCUGCUUCAGGAAACCCUGACGUCAUCUCCUUACUGCUGGAGUACGGCGCUGAUGCCAACAUAACAACACCCAAACACACGGGACACCUGCCCAUCCACAGAGUGGCCCACCGCGGACACGUGAAGGCUCUGGAUCUGCUGAUACCGGUGACGUCGUGGGACGCGGUGGAUGACAGUGGGAUCAGUCCUCUUCACUUGGCGGCGGCAGGUGGACACACUCAGUGUUUGGAGAUGCUGUUAAAAGCCCAUUACGACCCCAACUUCAUGCUGCACCCGUGGGUGCGUCGCAGCUAUGAUGACAAGCGCCAGUCUGUGCUCUACUUUGCUGUCUCCAACGACGAUGUCGCCUCCGCCCGAGUGCUGCUGGAGGCCGGAGCCAUGCCCAAUCAGGACCCCGUCAAGUGCCUGCAGGUGGCGCUGCGGCUGGGAAACUACGAGCUGAUCAACCUGCUGCUUCGCUACGGAGCCAACGUCAAUUACUACUGCAGAGUGAACACCACGCACUUCCCGUCGGCCUUACAGUACGCGCUGAAGGACGAGGUGGUGCUGCGGAUGCUGUGUAACUAUGGUUACAACGUGGAGCGAUGCUUUGACUGUCCGUACGGGGAGGGAUCGCACGUGCCGCAGGGUUACGAGGGCUGGAGUGACACCGUCAUUAAAGACACGCUGUUCUGUGAGGUCAUCUCUGUCUCGUGGCUCAAGCAUCUCUCGGGGAACAUGGUCCGCAUCAUGCUGGAUUACGUUGAUCAUGUGACCUUUUGCUCCAAACUGAAGGCUACGCUCAUGGAGCAGAAACAGUGGCCUGAAAUCUGCACAAUUCAAGAGAACGUCCGCUGUCUGCAGCAUCUCUGUCGGCUGAAGAUCAGGGCUUGUUUGGGUCGGUUGCGUUUGAGAGCUCCGAUCUUCAUGAGCUUCCUUCCAUCACCAGACCGACUGAAGCAAUACAUCCUGUACAAAGAAUAUGAUCUCUACGCUCAGAUAUGCCAAACGCAAAGCAAAUAAACCAGAACACACACCUGUAGGAACAGAAUUACAGCUCAGCGCAAGUGUAAUGGACACCCCAUGAUAGACGCCUUGUCCAGAAUUAUGUGCAUAUUCUUUAAAUACAGUUAAUAUGAAACAUGAAAAGAGUCUUAAUGUUAACGAAUAUGUAUAGUACUCAAUAAUUUCUUCAAAUAAAUAAAUGUUUUAAUAAAAUAUAGCCAUUAAUGCAUUUGUUUAUGAAGAAAAGUGGUCUUUUUGGAAGCAUAUGUGUGUAAAAAAAUAAUAAAAAAUUAUAUGUCUAUAGAAAUAACUUUUAGGAGGCUAAAGUUUUUAUGCAUUUAUUUUUUAACAAAUUAA